AUGCCUCAAGCUUAUCAGCCAUAUCAUCAACCGCAUUCUGGACUUCUUCAACAGGAUUUGAAACCUUUUGUUUCGGUUUCAUUCGGAAAUCACACGGAACGAACAUCAGUUGCUUUCGGGGGAAAUCCAUCGUGGAAUGAGCAGAUUGAGCUCGACUGGGAAGCUGGUAGAAAUAGGCUUCAAUCUGGCUUUAUUGGGAUGGACAAAGAAGAAUACCUUUUUAUCAACAUCUUCGACGAGAAUUUCAAAGUGGAAGCAACUGACAAUCCCGAUGAGCGCCGGACUUCAACAAGCAAGCAUUGGAUUGGCGGUUCUGUCAUCCCUCUUUCCUCUCUUCUCAUCGCGAAACAAAUCGAAGGACAGAUUCACCUCAAAGUUCCUCCACUACUCAUGGGCUACAAGUCAACUCAAGACUCGAAUCCAGCCACACUCGAGCUUUAUAUUCAAAUAGAUGCAAUUUAUUCAAAACCUGAAAAGGGAAAGCAACAGCUGAUGUGCCAUGAAGAUCCCCAAGAAGUCACUGCCUGUGAAAACUUCCUCACUGACAUUUCGAAAUUCCGCCCUGGAAGAAACUUCCCAGCCCUUGUGUCUGACUUCAAGGGAGAGACAUAUUUCUUGUGUCGAUUUAUAUCGCCUUUACCGCUUCCAGAUGGCAUGUACAGCGAGCAACUUUCACUAGAUCAGAUGAUGCGUCGUAUGGCAAGAUAUGUGGCAAUGAUUCCGUACCAAUCCGAUAAGAUUUCCUUUGCUGGCAUGUACGAUCUAUGGAGCAAUAAUGCAGAGUUUUUGUCUUGUCUAAUCGGCGAUGACGAGGAGCAUGCGUUGUUGCUGAUAGCUUACUUUCUUCAACUAAACGUUCCGAUUGCCAGGCUUGUUUUUGGAGAAUCGAUGGAAUCUGGGGAAGCAGUUUGGGUCCUGUCAAAAACUGACGAGUCAGCUGUAGGAGUCCUUUGGAAUCCCGUCAAUGGUCGCUGUUUCAGAACGACAGAUCCUACUGUUCCGUUGACUUCAGUCACAUGUAUGGCGGACAAAUCGAACAUCUACUACAACGCGCAAACAGAAGCCCAUCCGAACAGAGUCGACUGGGGACUCAACAGCUGGCGAAAAUUAUGGAGCGGAACAAAGGGCGACCUACCGACGAUCCAACCAUUAGAAAUUGAAUACAUGCCGCCAGAUAAUUCUUUGGCAAGUCGAGAAGCUAGGAAAAUUGAAGCAGACAUCAAGUUAAAAAUACGAGAAUGGAGGCCAGGUUAUUUGACAAAAUAUCGAACGGACGUUGCUGCAAAAAUGCGCGAUAUUCUGGAGAAGAUCGAGCAAGAGGAAAUGUGUGGCGGCCAAAUCACACAGGAAUACGCUCGUCGUCUUUUAGAGCCAAUCCGCAUGAAAUUCCCGCGACAUGAGGUUGUUGGUUUUCCGCUGCACCUGCCCAUGACACACAUUCAAAAUAUUCUCGACGCUGUCAAAGCGGUUGAGCUUCACAAAACGGUUAAUCAUCGUGCGGAAUUCGCGGUGGCCGUUUCUGUCCGACCAUAUCCUGCCGCCGUCCACUCGCUGUGGGUUUACCUCGCGCAAUUCACCCCGAAAUAA